UUAAUCCGGUGUGAUAAGGUGUAGUCGGGGGUGGUCAGGCUCUCGACGAUUAGGAUCACUUACGAAUCUGAUCUCCAAGUUUGUCAAAUACCAACUGAUCGCACCCCCCGUCUGCACCUCACCUACCAUACACGUAAGUACAUUAGAAACAAUUGAUAUUAAAUAAUGUUCCGCAUUUUUAUCAAAAGCUACAUCGUUCCGUUUGACAGAUAAUGAUUAUAGCAACGUUUCUUUAUUUGAAUGGAAACGUCACUUUUAAACGUUCAAAACGAACGUUACAAACAUUUCCGUUCAACGCUCAACAUGAAUCGGUUGUACAUUCAGAGUAACUCAACGGGUGAGAUUACAUUAAUCGGAUGUUCAUAACCAAUAACAUUGCUACGAAAGUAUUUUGAAUUUUGAAUUGGAAGCCUUGGUUCAUUGAUUCUGCCUUCAGCUUAAUCGACAAGUGUAAAUUUCUAAGGAGUCUUAACAAUAAAUCAAAGGAUGUUGAUCAUCGCGUGACCCAACUCCGUCAAGUUUGUACAUCUAGUUUAGACCAACGGCAACAUUACAUAUCUGGAUCAAAAUUAAAGCAUGGCGAAAAAACCGUGUUCCUUAUUAUCGUGGACAAUAGCAUGUAUGUAUAUGUGCAGGAUUUUGUUGUUCGCGAUGCUGUUCGCAGCUGGUGUUUACUUAGCUGUCACCCAUGCUAGCUACAAUAGUGACAUGAAGAAUACUCUACAGGCAAACACCACAUUUUGCGACUGGCUUCUGAAGGAUAAAUAUGCCAGUUGUAAAUAUCUUAUUUGCGCUUCUUUGUUUUUCUUCCUCGCUUCUCUUGUUUUGAUUGUCAAGCUUUGCAUUGGUUUUUUAUUUAUCGCGGUCGUUAAAUUAGACCGGUUUGCGAAAAAGACCGAAGUUAAAAUUAACAAAUGGAGAAAAAAAGGAUUUUUGGGAUGUGCAAUGGUUGUUGUCUUCACCUUUCUGUAUCACUUAAUGGACAUGAUGUGGUUAAAUGUUGUUAGAAUCUUGCGUAAGGCGAUUUUCUGGUCCAAAAUUAUUCUCGCCACGUUGUUUAUCACAGCUGGUGUUGUCUUAGUUGCCACUCUUUACGACAACGAAAACGACAAGAAAGAUACUUCAAAAGGACACCCGUCACUUUGCCAUUGGCUUAACAAUCAUGCCAGUUGUAAUUACCUUCAGUGGGCUUACAUUUUCUGCUUUGUUGCUGCUGUCACUGUACUUACGGAGGCCGUUGUUGUAAAUGGACUUUGAGAGCACAAUCAACGGUAGAUGCCCUAUGUAAAGGAAUCCAUUGCGGUUUUUAAUUCCAAAUUUCAGCUCAAGGAUACAGGAUCUUAACGCCUAAAGAUUGCGCACACAGCUAGAUUUUCUCACGCGCAAAUUUUAGAUUGAAAAUCACGCAAAUGCAACCCUCCCACCACCCACUCAAUGUUCCAACCCUACUGGUCAACAUACGUUUCAGGAACUUUGAAUGAAAAAUUAAACAUUGUUUCUGAACAUAAAAACUUCUCGAACCAAAGCAUACAUAAAAGCUAACGUUCAUUAUGUAAGUAGCUAAAUACUUGACUAUAUCCUGUCAUUAAAAAUAUAUUGGAAUA